UCGUCACCCGCCCCCUUUCUCUCUCUCCCUCGCUCCUUCGGUCUCCAGUCUGCUUCUGUUGUCUCGGCGGCUGGAAGGGUCUGGGAGAGAGGAUCUCGCGAGUCUUGGAGUUUUGGUGAGAGUUUGUGGAAGAUGGCGCCUGUUGUGACAGGGAAGUUUGGGGAGCGCCCUCAACCACAGCGCCUGACGAGAGAAGCCAUGCGGAAUUACCUGAAGGAACGAGGAGACCAAACUGUGCUCAUCCUUCACGCUAAAGUUGCACAGAAAUCAUACGGCAAUGAAAAAAGGUUUUUCUGUCCUCCCCCUUGUGUGUAUCUGAUGGGCUGUGGAUGGAAGAAGAAGAGGGAGCAGAUGGAGCGAGACGGCUGUUCUGAGCAGGAGUCCCAGCCCUGCGCCUUCAUCGGCAUCGGAAACAGUGACCAGGAGAUGCAACAGCUAAACUUAGAGGGCAAGAACUAUUGCACAGCCAAAACAUUGUACAUCUCAGACUCAGACAAACGCAAGCACUUCAUGCUGUCGGUGAAGAUGUUCUACGGGAACAGCGCAGACAUCGGCGUCUUCCUCAGCAAGAGGAUCAAGGUCAUCUCCAAACCUUCCAAAAAAAAACAGUCCCUCAAAAACGCAGACCUCUGUAUAGCAUCAGGAACGAAAGUGGCGUUAUUUAACCGACUUCGCUCGCAGACGGUCAGUACACGUUACCUGCACGUAGAAGGAGGAAACUUUCACGCCAGCUCACAGCAGUGGGGAGCUUUCUUCAUACACCUCUUGGAUGAUGAAGAGUCGGAGGGAGAGGAGUUCACUGUGCGAGACGGCUACAUUCACUAUGGCCAAACCGUUAAACUCGUGUGCUCUGUGACGGGCAUGGCUCUUCCUCGACUGGUCAUCCGUAAGGUGGAUAAGCAGACUGCCUUGCUGGAUGCAGAUGACCCCGUCUCUCAGCUGCAUAAGUGUGCCUUUUACCUGAAGGAUACGGAGAGGAUGUACCUGUGCCUUUCUCAAGAGAGGAUCAUUCAAUUUCAAGCUACUCCAUGUCCAAAGGAACCAAAUAAGGAGAUGAUAAAUGAUGGUGCCUCCUGGACAAUCAUCAGCACUGAUAAAGCAGAAUACACCUUCUAUGAGGGCAUGGGCCCUGUACACACCCCCGUCACACCCGUGCCUGUGGUCGAGAGCUUACAGUUAAACGGUGGAGGAGAUGUAGCAAUGCUGGAGCUGACCGGACAGAACUUCACUCCAAAUCUGCGCGUGUGGUUUGGUGAUGUAGAGGCAGAAACCAUGUACAGGUGUGGCGAGAGCAUGCUGUGCGUCGUUCCAGACAUCUCGGCGUUCCGCGAGGGCUGGCGGUGGGUGCGGCAGCCGGUGCAAGUCCCUGUAACGCUGGUGCGUAGCGACGGUAUCAUCUAUUCCACGACGCUCACGUUCACAUACACACCUGAACCCGGUCCCCGUCCACACUGCAGCGCGGCCGGCGCCAUCCUCCGAACGGGCAACACCAGCUUGCUCUCUACGACUGGCAACAGCGCAGGAGGGAACGGAGAAACGGCACCCUACGGUCCCAACAGCACAUCAAACGCCGUCACAGCGUCGUCCUCUAAUGCAGCCGCGGCUGUGGUGUUAUAACACACGCAGUAGCGCUCACAAACUCACAAUGUGUGCUAGAAGUGAAA